AAAUUGCCGGUAAUUAACUAUUGUGCCGUCGCUCUUUUUCUAAGUCGUAUAUUAUUUUAUCUGAAACAAAACAAUCGUCACUAUUAUUAUUUUUUCCUAAUGAAAUUAUAAUAUUUUAUUACCCACACUAAGGUCGCGGUACUUCGGAGCAUUAUCGAUUCGUGAUAUUAUUACAAAUUGUAAUUAAUAUUAAAUGAAUUUCUACAUUAUCUAUUACCAUAAUUACAAGCCACUCGAGUUUAAAUAAAUUUAUUUCAGUAUCUACUGUUAAUAUGAUAUUACUGUACAAUAAUAUUAGAAGAGUUGGUUUUGUGCGAAUAAGUUCAAAUUUUUUUUCAAAAAGAAAUUUAUACUCUUCAGUUAUUGAUAAUCAAAAGAAAAUGGAAAAGUUCAAGUUAGCAUCUAAAUAUGAAUCUGGCCAAUUCAAUGUUUGGAUUGAAUUUAACAAUUUGGCUAUGAUUACUAAGCCUUUGAAUUUGGGUCAAGGAUUUCCAGAUUAUGAACCACCAUCGCGGUUUUCUAAUUUCUUAGCAGAAGUGGCUACAGAAAAGAAUUUAUAUUCUCAUCAAUAUACACGUGGAAUGGGUCAUGUACGUUUGGUGAAUGCAUUAUCCAAACUAUAUUCAAGCCUAAUUAAUCGGAAAAUUGAUCCACUGAAUGAAAUAUUGGUUACUGUUGGAGCAUAUGAAGCUCUUUUUUGUGCUAUACAGAGUAAUAUAAACGAGGGUGAUGAAGCAAUUAUUAUUGAACCUUUUUUUGAUUGCUACGAACCAUUAAUACGUAUAGCUGGAGGACACCCCAGAUUCAUACAAUUAUUGAAUACGAAGCCUUAUAGUCCAGAAUCACAUUCGAGUGAUUGGAAACUUGACCCUGAAGAACUUGAAUCACUAUUCAACUCUAAAACCAAACUCAUCAUCGUAAAUACGCCUCAUAAUCCAUUGGGAAAAGUAUUUGAUUAUGACGAAUUAACAAUGAUUGCGGAUUUGGCCAAAAAACAUAAUGUUCUUGUUAUUUCUGACGAGGUAUAUGAGUGGUUGGUGUACACGCCAGCAAAGCACAUAAGAAUGGCUACACUUCCUGACAUGUGGGAAAGAACAAUUACAAUUGGGUCUGCUGGAAAAACAUUUAGUAUGACUGGUUGGAAACUUGGAUGGGCGUAUGGUCCGGCUAAUCUUAUAAAAAAUCUAAUGGUUGUUCAUCAGACUGCUAUUUAUACAUGCGCAACACCAGUUCAGGAAGCUACUGCAAGAGCAUUUGAACAUGAAAUCAGUGUACUUGGUACACCAGAAAGUUAUUUUCAAAAUUUAUGCAAAGAGUUAAAACCAAAAAUGCAUUUUUUAUCUAAUGUAUUAAAAAAAACUGGCUUCAAACCUAUUAUACCUGAUGGCGGAUAUUUUAUAAUUUCGAAUUGGAAAAUAUUUGAAAAUAAAAUAGAUUUAACCCUGGAAACUGAUGAAUACAGGGACUUACGGUUUACAAAAUGGCUUUCCAAAAAUGUCAAACUUCAAAGUAUACCGUUUUCAAUAUUUUUCUCUGAAAGAAGUAAACCAUGUGCUGAAGAAUAUAUGCGACUUUGUUUCUUUAAAAAAGAUGAAACUUUAAAGGAAGCUGAAAAAAUCUUAACUACAUGGACAAGCAAAUUAUCUUGAAAGCUUACUAAGCUUUAAAAUAUGGCAUUAAUUAAUUUAUUUUAAUACAAAAAUUAAUGUGCAUAUAUAUUUUUUUAAAUGUAAUAUAUAUAAUAUACUUUAUUAAUGAAAAUGUUUAAUUAUAAAUAAUAUUUCAUGACAUCUUCUGUACUUUGAUCACUUCUAUCUUGUUAAUCGUUCGCUGUGCAGUAGCCCGCAACUCACAUUUUCUGGUUCUAAAGAGUAUAGACUGCAUAGUUAUUAAUUAAUCAGUAAUCACUAGAUGCAUUUAUCAUACUUUUUAAUAACAUCUAAAUUAAUGCGAAGUAAGAUAGAAAUUUGUUUCAUCA